AUGUCGACCGAACAAGCAGAAACCUACGACCACGCCUCCCAACCCGUACACCACGGCCGCCUCCGCAUCAAUGGCAUCCGCAUGCACUACAUCACCGCCGGCUCAGGCCCUGCACUUGUCUUGCUGCACGGCACGCCCAAGAACAGUUUCUACUGGUACAGACUCUUUCCCCUACUGACGGAACACUUUACGUUGGUAGCCCCGGACUUGCGUGGGUUUGGGUACACCGACAAGCCGCCCGCUACCGAGGGUUACGAUUGCGGGGAGAAUGCGGACGAUGUGGCGGAGUUGAUGAGUCAACUGGGUCAUGAGCGGUUCUUCGUGCAUGGGGAAGAUAGGGGACAGGAGUAUGCCUAUGCGGUGGCAGCGAAGUAUCGAAACCGUGUGCUGAAGCUGUCGUUCUGCGAGAUGCUGCUCUCGGGCUUCGGGCUCGAAGAGUCGUCCUUCUGGACGCCCGACAAUGUGUCGGCGCAGUUCCGUCAGCAGGGCGUAUGGUGCUGGCAUUUGCCGUUCUUUUGGAUGCCGCAUGUGCCUGAAAUGCUGAUCCAAGGGCGUGAGCGAGAGUUCUGGGAGAUGUUCAUCAAGCAAGAAUGCUACAACCCUACCUCCAUCGAACCCAAGGCGCUGGACCACUGGAUCGAGUGUGUCAAACAACCGGGCGGACUCAGAGGGAUCUUGGAGACGUAUCGCUCGGCAUUCAAGAAUGCGGAGAUUAACAAAGAAUUGGCGAAGAAGAAGCUGACCAUCCCUGUCAUGACCAUUGGCGCCCCAGAAUUCUUCGGACCGAAGGUGAAGGAGUGUGCGUUGAUCUUCGCGCAGAAGGUAGAGCGCAGUGAGCUCUUUGAAGAAUGCGGUCAUAGUCUCGCGUUGGAGAAGGCAGGGAGAUUAGCGAAGUUUUUGAAGGAGUUUAUGCUGGAAUCUUAG